AUGAACGCAGCGACGGGUAGGAUCGUCUUGGACCUCUUCGCAGGGACGCAUCCGAAGACAUCGGAGAACUUCCGGCAGAUGUGCACGGGAGAGGCUGGGUUUGGCUACCGCGGCAGCACCUUUCACCGGGUCAUACCGGGUUUCAUGAACCAGGCUGGAGCGAAGGGCGCGGGCGGUAGCAUAUACGGCGGGUCCUUCGACGACGAGAGCUUCGUGCACAAUCACGACGAACCUUUCUUGCUGUCCAUGGCCAACUCGGGUCCGAACACAAACAGCAACCAAUUUUUCAUAACUGUAGCGCCGACGCCGCACCUGGACAAUAAGCACGUGGUGUUCGGCACGGUGGUGGAGGGGGAGGACGUCGUCAUGGCGAUCAACGAGGCGGGUACGAACGGGGGUAGGCCGAGGCGACAGAUACACAUCGUCAACGCCGGGGAGUUGAAGGAUUAG